AUGCGGGGCCUUGAGAUCCGCUGGAAGCAAAACCUGGAGAAGCGCCGUUUGGAAGAACAACAGGCCUUGCUAGCACUGCAGGAAGAGCGUAAGGAGCGGGACUACCGUGAGUGGCGCUCAGAGGUGCAGGAGGAGCGCUUGCGACGAAGACGGCUGAUUGCACGGGAGGAAGCACAGGAGAAAGAGCUCCUGGAAUGGAAGACGCUGGAACUUUUGGGACGUGAUGUGCUGAGGGAGGAGGAGUUGAAGAAAAAGGCUGCUGUGGAGGCUGCAUUCCAAAAGUCCAGUGUGCAACGACGGCAGCUGGAGGAGCAAGGCAUUUUGCCCUCACGGGUCUUGCAAGAAGCGAAGGUCCUGGCUGAAGAGCAGCGGAAGACCAUGGAGCAGGUGGGCCCAAAGCAAGCGGAGCAAGAACUUUGGGAUGCCCUGAUGGCCAAGAACCGCUGGGCUCGCACGCAACAGAUGGGCUCCACACACCCCACGAGUCGCGAAGUGUCCCGCUGGGGCUUCUUUGCAGAGAAGGCUGACAGGAGCCCAGCAGUCAGACGCUGA